AUGACAACUGCUUCAAUCGACCAGAUGGGGUACUCGACUCCUUCGGAGACUGAUUAUCGAUACGCGAAAAUGCGUGAAGCUACGGAACUUCGGAAACUCGCUGUUCAGCAGAAGAAAUUGGAAAAGAAGGGAAAAGGAUGCGCCGUUUCAGUGAAAACCAACGAGAACGCCAUGAAGGUCAAAGCGGCGAUAGCUAGGUGCUUGGAAUCUGAUGAGAAGAAGGAGAACCUUCCUGGCCCCCGUGCUGAAAAGAAGCCAAUGGACAGCCCGACACCAAAUCUCAUGAAUCUGAAAGACUCGACUCCCUUCGAGUUGAAUCAGGAGCAAUGUGAUAACAUUGCUAUAGGUGUCUCUACUAUUGAAGAAGAUGAGGAGACAAAGCAUUUCAUUGUUUCCCAAUGGAAUAUUCGUGGUGGACACGGUAUAAUGCCAUCGGGGACUGGAGAAGACACUAUGGUUUAUAUCAAAAAAGUCACCGACCGCCCAUUCCCUACCGUUGAAGAGUUCCAGAACAGGAAAUCACAGCUGGCGGAGGAAAUGUUGGAUGUUUACAUCAGAACUUGCAUCGGAAUGGUUUCGCCUCUUUCAAGAGGAGAAGGAGGAAUUCGUGCUGUCAGAGUGAGUGUCUUCGAGAGAAUUUGUGAGAAUUCUUUCGAUGAGAUGUGGAGAAAUUCUGGACAACCGAGACUCGAUAAGAUACUCAAUGAGGAAUUUGAUGUCAUCCGGAGACAACUGCUUCAAGAGUGUCAAGCACUUGUUUUUGCAAGCGGGAAGGAUAGAGUUAUCACUAUGGGGAGACUGGAGGAAAUGGUGAAUAGCCACAAAACUUCUGAGACAGAGAAGAUCACAUCUACCUCUUCAACACUUUCCAAGGAAUCCAAUGCAUGCAAAAAGUGUUUCCGUUCAAGUGAGAGAUGCAAUGAAGCUAAACUAGAGGUGAAACUGGCGAAGAAUAAAGCGGAGAAGUAUGAGAAAAAGGCGAAGAGGACUGAUGAAUUGGAAAGAAAAGUGAAGGAGAUGGAGAAGGAGAUGAAACAAAUGAGACAGCAAGUAUUCAGGAAAAAUGAGCAACACCGACUUGGUGCUCCCCCGGCCCCAGUAGUCACUGACUGGAGACAGAAGCUUCUGGAAUUUCAGCAAAUCAAGGAUGACUUCAGCAAGGAUAGACGGUUGGAAGAAGCGAGGAAUAUGGUUGAGAGAUUGAUCUCCAAUUCUGAUUGUGCUGAAACGGAGGAUCUCGCAAGGUAUGAGCUCACCCAACUGGAAGUGUCUACUCGUAUUCUGAUGGAAGCUCUGGAAUUGAAUAUUCAGAAAAUUGAGAGAACCCAUGACUGCUCGGAUCUCCUCCCACUCUGGGAACUCCCCACCUUAUCCCAGCAAUUUCUGGAGAAAUAUCGACUUGAGAUGGAAAAGAAGCCGUUGGAGAUAUCAGAAGACACUCACUGUUUCAUUUGUUUCGAGAGAAAGAGAGAAAGACAUCGGAUUCUGAGAUGCGGGGGAUGA